AUGUCUGUACAAUUUUCAGUUGAAUCCAUUGAAUAUCUGACUGAAAAAUUGAAUAAUGGUCGAUGUUUAUGUGAUGAAUCUGUUGCUUAUCUAACUUCACAAAUCAGUCGAGUUAUUUUCGAUCUCUUAGAAGAUACCUGUAAAUUUGUUAGAAAAUGUUGUCGCAAUGAAAUGAUAAUAGAUGAUUUUGCAUUUGCAUUAAAAUUAAAUUAUAUAAAACCUAUACAUGGUUAUAUAACAAAGAAUAUUGAUCGUUCUUCAUCGUUUCGUAAAAUAAAAAAAGACAAUCGAAUUUUAUAUCAUAUUGAUGAUAAUAUCGUCGCAUUAAAUGAUUUAAUAACAAGUCAAGUACAAGUACCUUUUGAUUUAAGCAUUCGUGCACAUUGGUUAGCAGUCAAUGGUCAACAACCUAUAACAAAUGAAAAUCCUAUGGUAAAUGCAUCGAUUCGUUCAGUAUCAAAGAAAGUUUUAAAUAAAUCACGCAAGCUGCUAUCAAUGGAACAACAAAUUUAUUAUAAAGAACUCACAGAAAUGUGUAUUUGUUUAAAUGAAAAAAAACGAAAACAAGCUCUAUUGAUUCUUUCAUCGGAUAAUAGUCUUCAACAAAUCGUUUCACGUGUGAUUAUUUUCAUAUCGGAAGGUGUACGUGUAAAUUUGUCACCCACAUCGACCUUUUAUCGUUCCAUAAUAUUGAAUUUUCUACUGCAAAUGUGUGAUGCAUUAUUACAGAAUGAAAACAUCAUUCUAGAAUCUUAUUUACAUUAUUUAUUGCCAGCUACACUUUCUUGUUUACUUGACAGAAGAAUUUCAUGUGACCAUUGGUCAUUGCGUGAUCUUGCCGGGAAAUGUUGUGGACAAAUGAUACGUGAAGAAGAAUAUAUUUGGUCAACACAAUAUGGCGCAUUUGUCGGUCUUUGUGAAAUGAGUCAUAAAGUGAUUAUUCAAAUCGUUUUUCCACUUAUUAAACAAUUAGGGGAAAAAAUUCGAUUAAUAUCAGAUAGAGAAUUAUCACUUCAAAUGACUAAAGUUAUUGUUAAAUUUAUAACAAUAGCUUAUCGUUCAGUACAAAAUGACAAUGAAAGUAAUGAAAAAAAGCUUUAUGAAGAUUUUGGCUCGUACUUUGCUCCUCUGAUUCAACGACAAUUGAUAUUAUUAUUAUGUGGUGAUAUGUUUGAAAAUGGAAGUUAUCUACGUCGACGAAAACGUUUUAAAUUAUUAAAUAAAUCUCAUACGGAACACACAGUGAUUACGAAACAAACAAUAAAGCCAACUCUUGUUAAUACAUCAUCACCGAUCAAAUCACAGCCAAUCAAAAGUUCAUUUUUUAUUGAUAAUCUUCUUGCAAACGAUACAAAUACGAAUACAAGUUAUACAACAUCAUCAGCAUCGUCACCAUCGGAAGCUAAUUGUACAUUGAAACAUCUGCUCUAUUCAACUGAUUUAGAUCUUGUUCAAAAAUUGACAUUUUUUAAUGAUUUUCACGGACAACAGCAGCAGCAGCAGGUUUAUUGGUAA